UUCCAGAUCAUAUGAACGCAGCUUAGUCCACCACGUGACCGACGUCAGCUGAUCAUCAGGCGGAAGUAAAAAGAAAACAUGGUGGAUUCGUUGAGCAGGUUAGCUGCAGCAGAUUGUCUUGCACUGUGUCACAAGGUGGUGGAUGGACUCUGCGGUCGGGAGCCUCCAUGCCGGAAAGACUACGGCGCCACCUGGAGCCUGGAGGAGUGGCUGGACCUCCUCAACUCCCUCACGGCCUUCUUUCGAGUGGCUGUGGGGAACAACAGCUCGGAUGACGAGGUGAUGGGCGGGCUGUCAGGUAUGAGCAGCAGCAGCCACGCAGACGCCGUUCUCAGUGUGCUGAGAGCCCGACGGGAGGAGAUCCGGCGUGCGCUGCUGGACAGAACCAACUCCAUCUCCUCUGCUACUCUGAAGGACUUUGACUGGCAGCUUAAGUUAGCUCUGUCCAGCGAUAAGAUCUCGUCUCUGCACACUCCUCUGCUCAGCCUCAGUCUGGAUGUGAGAGAGAGCACCGGCCUGCGCUCCGUCACCAUGGAGAUGAACAGAGACGAGUUGAACACUCUCAUCAGUUCACUAGAGGCUGCUAAUAAGGCGGUGCUGCAGCUGAAAUGAUGGACAGAUUUGUGGACCACUGAUCCCAUUUAAAGCCGUCGUUCACAAGAAGUAAAAGACCAGAAAGUUAGAGACACGCUCUCCUGUGAUUCACAUGGCAGAUUUAAAAUGACUGUUUGCAGGAGUGUUGAUGAGUCUCUGUCCUUAAACUUGAGUUCAACUCGAGCGACUGAACACUUUUAUCUUUUUGUGAUGUGGUCUUGUAUCAUGAAUAUGUCAAAAAAUAAAGAGUAUUUGCUGUUA